AUGCCGGUCACCACCAGGUCGCAGAUUUCCGGCGGCGGCCAUGAAUCCAUUCUCCGGCCGCCGCCGGCUCUCCGACGACCCCCCCAUCCGCCGGAGCAGGAAGCCGCCGCCGCUGCCGCCGCCGCCGCCGACCCUCCGCCACUGCCGCCGUCUCUGAUGCGGAACCCCCACUACGCCCUCAAGGAGAAAAUGAAGGCGCUGACUCAGUUCUACGAGCAGCACCAGCACCAGCUCGCCAGCGUGAGGAGCCUCUCUUCCCGGCCGGAGAAGCCCGCCGCCGCCGGCCACCUCAUCAGCGAGAAGAAGAGAGGAGGAGAGGGGGAAGAUGAUGGGGAGGUCAAGAAGGUCGCUGCCGAUCUGGUGAUGAGAGAGAAUCCUCUGAACGUGUUGCCGGCGAGCUCGCCGGCCGCCAGGAAGAAGCCCGCCGCCUUUCACUGCACCGUCGAAUCCAAGGAGAACCUGCAAGAUCGUCCCACCGCCUUCUCUUGCCCGAAGAAGGAGCCCCCUUCUGCGGCGCGGAAGCUCUCUCUCGGCGGCGGCGCGGCGGCGGCGCAGUCGGAGCCUAGGGUUCUGAGGUCGAGGAGGAUCAGCGGAGAACUGGGGACCAUCUCCGAGGGCGGCGGCGGCGGCAGCCGGAUCAUGGUGUACGUGAGGCUGAGGCCGAUGGCGAAGAAGGAGAAAGAAGCUGGAUCACGGAGCUGCGUGAGGAUCGUCAACCGGCGGGAAGUCUACCUGACGGAGUUGACCUCCGACACCGAUUAUCUCCGGCUGAAGCGCCUCCGCGGCCGCCAUUUCAGAUUCGACGCCUCCUUCCCCGAGUCAACCAGCCAGCAAGAUGUUUACGCCACCACGUAAGCCCGAAUUAGGAUUCUUCCCCUGGUUCUUGAAACCCUAAAUCCCCACCCCGAUCGAACCAGUGGAAAAUCCUCACCUCCUUCGUGGGAUUUGGAUUUCCAAUGCAGAGCAGCGGAUCUGGUGGAGGGCGUUUUGCAAGGGAGGAACGGAUCGGUGUUCUGCUACGGCGCCACCGGAGCGGGGAAGACCUACACGAUGCUGGGGACGGUGGAGAAACCUGGGGUGAUGGUGCUCGCCAUUAAAGACCUCUUCUCCAAGAUCCGGCAGAGGAGCUACGACGGGAACCAUCUCGUCCACCUCUCCUAUCUCGAGGUCUACAACGAGACCGUAAGGGAUCUCCUCUCCCCUGGAAGGCCCCUCGUUCUCAGAGAAGACAAGCAGGUUCGCCCCCAAUCCUCCUCCAUCGUCUUCUACCUCGUCUGCCCUAAUUGAACUCCUGUUCCUCCUCUUAUUCUGUUCGGAUUUGCAGGGAAUAAUGGCGGCAGGUCUCACGCAGUACAGAGCGUACUCCACCGAUGAAGUAAGAUCUUCCUCCUCCUCCUCCUCCUCCUCCUCCUAUCAUCGUCGUCGUCGCCAUCAUCUUCUCCAUGGAUGGAUGGAGUGGCCUGAUCUGAACUGGUUUGGUGAAGGUGAUGGCGCUGCUGCAGCAAGGGAACCAGAACAGGACGACGGAACCGACGAGGGUGAACGAGACCUCCUCCCGAUCGCACGCGAUUCUCCAGGUGGUGGCGGAGUACAGAGAGAAGAUCGCCGGCGGCGGCGGGAUCGCCACCAGGGUGGGGAAGCUCUCGCUGAUCGAUCUGGCCGGAUCUGAGCGGGCGCUGGCGACGGAUCAGAGGUCGCAGAGAUCUCUCGAAGGAGCCAACAUCAACCGCUCCCUCCUUGCUCUGAGCAGCUGCAUCAACGCUCUGGUGGAGGGGAAGAAGCACAUCCCUUACAGGAACUCCAAGCUCACCCAGCUCCUCAAGGACUCCCUCGGAGGCCCCUGCAACACCGUCAUGAUCGCCAACAUCAGCCCCAGCAACCUCUCCUUCGGGGAGACCCAGAACACCCUCCACUGGGCCGAUCGCGCCAAGGAGAUCAGAACCAAGGUCCGGAAAUUCAUCCAUGGCCUCCUCUGGUUCUUCUUCUUCUUCUUCUUCUUCUCGAGAACUUCUGUGACUGUCCCUACUGGUUUCCAGGCGUGUGCGGAGAAUGGGGAAGAAGCUCUACCGGUGCCGGAGACGGAGACGGACCAGGCGAAGCUGCUGCUGGAGCUGCAGAGGGAGAACAGCGACUUGCGGCAGCAGCUGGCGAGAGAGAAGCAGAAGCUCGUGAAUCUGCAAGCUCAGUCCAUGGCUGCGUCGGCGGCGCCGCCCUCUCCGGGGGGCUCCUCUCUGCUGUCUCCGCCACCGUCCACCCCGCGGAGACCCAAGCGCUCGCUCCUCUCCGGCACUUGCUUCCGCACACCGGAGUCGAAGAAGAAAAGAGGAGCAGAGGAAGCGGCCGCCAUCGCCGUCAAGGAGCUGCAGCAGAGGGUGAAGACCUUGGAAACGGAGCUCGAGAGGAUGAAGAAGCAGCACACGCUUCAGAUCAAGCAGAAGGACGAGUUCAUCCGCGACCUGGUCACCCGCAAGAACAUCACCAGGCCACUGGAGAUCGGAGAAGGAGGCCGAGAGAGGAGUAUCGUCACCAGGGCGAGCUUGCGCAAGGCGGAGAGAUCGACGGCGGCGGCGGCGGCGGGGGAACUGAAGAGCCCCAGCCACCGGUUCCUCUCGCCGGCGCCGACGGCCAAGAAGCGCAGCUUCUGGGACAUCACAGCCGCCAACAGCCCCUCGGUUCUCUCCAUCAACGGCCGGAAAUUGAAGAGCUACAUCGCCGCCGGCGAGGCGACUCCCCUCGUCGCUGCACCUCCGUCCUUGCUCCUCCAGGUGAGAAAUUUCUUCCAUGGCUUGCUGCCACAGAGCUCAUCAUCAUCCUGCUACUUUUUUCCUCUUCUGGGUUUCCUUCUGUUCGUGAGUUCUUGCUCCUAUAAUCACUAAUGCAGCUCGCAUGUCGCUGUUUCUGGUUUGUGAUCAUCCUGGGGCCUCAUCUUCUCCACCAUGGCUGCUCCUCCAGCCCGGCUUCUCUCGUCAAAGGCUCGCCUCUGUAAAGAAAUAA